AGACGUGAUUUUGGCUUCGAUAGAAUAGUUAGAAUUUUUCUCUACCCUUGCUCAAAAUUUUCGGAUUCUAGCUCUCUGAUUAGUUUAGACUCUACUAAUUAGAAAUGGAUCUGCAAUUUACAAAUUUAGAUUAAUCGAACUCCAACAUAUUUAGUUAAUUGACUUGGAAAAAACUAAUAAAGGGGAGCUACUUACUAUCUAUAUAUCUUUCACAAGGGUUAUUGUCACAUACUGGUCAAAUACAAGGCAGAAAGCAAAUCGGGAAAUACUAUAAGAUAAUGUUGUUUGAAUAAGCGUGGGUGCACGAACACUCCAUUGCUACCUCUAUAAAUAAUGGUGAAACUAUAACACCAUACUCCCAUUAUUAGCUACUCUGUUUUCUUCUACGUUAAUUAUUUCUCCUUGAGAAAGAUCACAUACUAAAAAAUCACCAAGGUGAUAAUGUCAGGGCUCCGUGAUCAACUACUGGAGAAGAAUGAAAUAUCAGAUAGUUACUAUCAUGUUGAUCAACAUAGCGAUUCAAUGAAGGUGGAAGAACAAAACAAUGACAGUUGUGAUAACCUGGACAAUUCAGAGAACGAUUCUCUGCAAACCAAACACUCCACAGGUAGCCCUGUUGACACGGGAACCGCAUGGGUUUACAGAGAUGAAAACGGAAAACAGUUCUUUGAAAAGCAAUUAAGCGAAGAUGACAUUACUGGCGAUCACUUAGAGAUACCCAGGAGAUUGGCGCAUUAUAUACAGAGCUUGAAAUUAAAACGCCGUGUUAAUGCUGGAGAAAAAACACGGAAAGUCAAUUUGGUAGGAGAAAAUGAAUGUUAUUACUUCACUGGACAAUGGAAGGAUUUCGUAAUGGAAAAUCAAUUGAAAGCUCACAAGGAUUUGGUACUUCUUGAGAUUUCUCAGCAAUUGGGCCUUCGUAUCGGACACACUUGUGACCAAAAAGCUAUUGACAUGAAUAACCCUGUACUGCUCAGACGUUUGUCUAGAGCUGAUGUAAAAGCCCUAUAUAUAAAAAAGUUGAGUGAACGAUAUUCGUUUAGUCGUGGUGCUACAGGAUUAAUAGAGAUAGAACCAGUUGUUGAGAUGAAAUUAUGUUCGCAAAUUGUGUACAGAUAUGGUGGCCGUACUAAUGGUGUAAUGUUCAUAGAGCUACCAAAGAAAGACGUGGAAGAGAAUUUGGGUCGCGAUCUUCCUCUUCCUGCAGCAGGCGGAGAUAUUGCCCUGCCUUUAUUUGAUCCUGUGGGGAACAAUUUGGUGGAGAUGAAAUUAUUGCAUACUGAAAUCGGUGAUCAAUACCAUCUUGGAGGGGGAUGGGAAGUGUAUGCUGCAAAACAUGGCUUAUUAAUUUCUGAUACAAUUUUUCUUGACAAGGUAACCGUGCAGGUUGGCAAUGAUCAUGAUCAGCUGAAUACUGCACAGUUUUCGUGUCACUAUGAAAUCACUUACCAGAGACGAAGACGAGGAGGCACUAAAGAUCAUAGUGGAUCAGCAGCACCUGCCAAUUCCGUUAAAGAUGUAGUUCGUGUCACCAAAAUAAUAAGUGAGUCAUCAGAAUAUGAAGGUGAUUCGUCCUGGCUCCAAUACUGCACUCCAUAGUUUAGAAUUUCAGCUAUAGACGAAAAAUGUACGCUCCUUUAACCUCAUGAGACCCCAUCAAUUGUCCAUUCCCCUGUCUUGUACUCCAUUUCAUUAUUGAUUUAUUGAUCUUGAGUUCCUGGUUA